AUGCCUGAGACCAAGACCAUACUUGUCCUCGGCGGCGCAGGAGUGCAAAACUCCGCCGUCGUGCGCGAGCUUGCCAAGAACGAAUCCUUCCAUGUCAAGCUCUUGUCGCGAAACACCAGAUCGGAAGAGUGUCUCUCUCUCGCGUCUCUCUCUGCUGUUACGCUGGCGGAGGGAGACUGUUACGACGAGGAUACCCUCAUUUCGGCCUUGCAGGGUGUUGAUGCCUGUUUUGUCAACACCAACGGCUUUGCAAUCGGUGAAAAGGCUGAACUAUACUGGGGGAUUCGGAUGUACGAAAUCGCAUACUGGGCCGGUGUGACUCAUUUCGUCUACAGCUCACUACCUUAUGUGUCCAAAAGGUCGGGGUUCAAUCCAAAGUACCGCGUCCCUUUUGUGGACGGUAAGGCUAAAGUCUGCGAGUAUUUGAGAAGUCAACCAACGAACAAGAUGAACUGGAGUAUCCUUGAGAGUGGCCCUUACCCAGAGUCCUUCUUGGGCAACUGGGCUCCCACAAAGGGAGAAGACGGCACUUACAUAUUCAAGAUGCCGAUCGGUCCAAACGGCGCUAUUCCUUUUGUGCCGCUACGUGAUCUCGCCUGGUACGCUCGUUACAUUUUCGAGCACCCGACGGAGUUCCAAGGCGACUUGCUCAGCGUCGCCAUGGCCCACGUGAGUGGUGAAAUGGUUGCCGCUGCUUUCACCGCCGUAACGGGGGAGCCAGCUCGCUAUCAGCCGUUGGACCUUUUGGAAACGGCCAAGACGUGGCCCAAGACGAAAAUAGGCCUUGCUGGAUCCCCGGGGUUUGACGAUCCGACGCUGAAGACAAUGGCUGGCCAACUCGUUCCGUGGUAUACUAUCUGGCAGGAAAGCGGCGGCAAUAAGGGACUGUGGACAAAGGACUAUGACAGGCUGGAUAGGAUUCAUCCGGGACGCAUCAAGACUAUUGAGCAAUGGAUGAGGUUGUACGGCUACUCCACCGAAAAGCCGCCUCCUUUUCUCAAAACUGGGAUAUUUGGUCAUCGUCUUUGA